UAUUCUGUUUUAUACCGCCACACGGGGUGGACAGAACAUUAACCAAACCAAACCAAGCCAAAUCAAACCAAACCAAAUCAAACCAAACCAAACCUUCAGAAUAUUUCGGAGCAUUUUUAAUUUCGUAAAUUUAAAUGUAUUUUUGGCGGGAAAGUUUGACAAUUGUCCUGAUUGGGUACUUAUUGUCCUGAUUGGGUACUUAUUGUCCUGAUUGGGUACUUAUUGUCCUGAUUGAUUACUUAUUCGCCACUAAAACUAGUGAGCACAUCACAUCAGUGGAGAAACAAAAAGUCUUUCAAAAAGUUUCACGGAUAUCUACCGUCUUGGAAGAGAGACUUAGCAUGAAUUCUACUUUUGGCAACGAGACUGAUUUCAAUGAGUCAAGCUGUGAUGUUGAGCAGAAUUAUAUCAUGGAUACCUGGGUAGUGGCUGGGCUAGGGUUUGCAUACUCUUCAAUAUUCCUAGUCGGGGUCACAGGGAACAUGUUGGUCGUCUUUAUUAUCCUCUCAAGGAAGCAUAUGAGGACAACCACCAACUUCUUCAUUCUAAACCUGGCCAUAGCAGACAUAUUAAUGUGCUUGUUGUCUGUACCUUUGACACCCCUCUCUACAUUUAUGGGACGCUGGAUAUUCGGAUCUGUUCUCUGUAAAAUAUUAUCUUGGAGUCAGGGGAUGUCAGUGUACAUGUCUACUCUCACCCUCACAGCUAUUGCAGUAGACAGGUAUAUAUUUAUCUACAGGAAUGGUUCCGACCUGCUGCAAGAAGAUGGUGAGGGGUGUGGACCUCUCCACCAUGCUGCUAGGGAGGGACAUGUACAGGUUGCAGGGAAACUACUCGAGCUCGGAGCAAAGGUUGAUGGUCGGGAUGUUGGACUCUGGACUCCGUUCCUAUGGGCCUGUUACACAAGUAACCUCGAAAUGGCCUCACUUCUCCUUCAGCAUGGGGCAGAGGUCAAUGCCAAGGGAAUUCACAACUGUACAGGUUUGGUUUGGGUGGCAGGACGGGGUAAUCUUGAGCUAGUCAAACUACUUCUAUCUCAGGGUGCACGAGUGGAUCAUAGUGAUAAAUAUGGAACAACCCCUUUAAUAUGGGCAGCUCGGGCCGGUCAUACUAAUAUAGUAGAGGAACUACUUAAUGCAGGAGCACAGGUUGAUACCUCUGGUAUGUAUUCUUGGACCUCCCUACUGAUGGCAGUACGAGGAAACUAUCCUAAUAUCGUAUCCCUGCUCCUCAAGCACUCUCCCAACGUGAACGCCGUGGACCAGGAUGGAAUGACCGCCCUGGCUAUUGCCUGUAAGGAGGGGAAUUCAGAUAUAGCAUUUCAACUGAUAGCUGCAGGAGCUUAUGUAAAUCUACAGGAUCGUGGUGGUGAUACGAAUCUUAUAAUCGCUUGCAAGGCUGGACAUAAAUCGAUUGUGGAAGCUCUUAUUCGACGCUAUGCAGAUUUAGAUACAAGGGGUAAGGAGAAUAAGACUUGUCUGUACUGGGCAGUGGAGAAAAACCACACAAGUAUAGUGAAGGUUCUGCUGAAUGCUGGAGCAGAUCUAGAGAUUGCUAAUAUAGAGGGGAACACACCCCUUCUCAGGGCUGUUAAGAAUAGGAACCUCGAGAUCGUACAAAUGUUAAUUGAAAAGAAAGCUAAAUUAACCGCUACUGAUAAAAUGGGUGACUCAUCUCUACAUAUUGCCAUGCGAGCUCGGUCCAAAGCAAUUGUUGGAGUCCUUCUCAAAAAUCCGAAGCAUAGUCAGCUUUUAUACAAACCAAAUAGGGCUGGAGAGACCCCGUACAAUAUAGAUAUCUCCAACCAGAAAACUAUACUCAGUCUUCUCUUUGGUUCAAGGAAACUGAAUACAAACCUAGAUACAGAGAAUAUGCUCGGAUACGACCUUUAUGGCAGUGCCCUCGCUGAUAUCCUUACCGAGCCUUCCCUCUCUAUGCCAAUAACAGUUGGUUUAUAUGCAAAGUGGGGAAGUGGGAAGAGUUUUCUUCUAAAUAAACUCAGGGAGGAAAUGGAGAGUUUUGCUCGAGACUGGAUAGAUCCCACAUUCCAUUUUAGCCCUCUUCUUUUUAUCAUUGUUUUUCAUAUUUCUACAUUUGUCGGACUGCUAAUCUGGAUUGCAACUUUUAAACUAGACAAGGAAACAUUCUCAGCGCUGGUUUCAAUUCCUGUGAUGUUUAUAUUGCUGUACCUAGUUCUAUUUGGAAUACGCAAAGGAACGUAUAGAACGGAUUGGAACACCCUGUACAACCUGAAUGUGUUCCUGGCAAGGAAGUUUAACGAGCUCAGACUUCUCGUCAAUAUUGUCUUCUCACAUCCUCCAGGUCCCCAGUUUAUGCAGAAGCAAGUAAAAGCUCAACCUCUGAAACUAUUCUUUACCGACCAUUCUAAGGUCAGCACCACAGCUGGGGCGGAAAACUCAGUUAUUCAGAUUAUAGGUUCGUUAUACGAUGCUCUGGAGGGAACUUAUGGAACCUUUUCAACUCGCCUCUACAGGGCAUUCAGACCCAACCCGGUGAAGUCGUCUUCUCCUCUACGCCUGAGGAAGUUAUGCUGUGUACCCUACGCGGCACUUUAUAUAUUUAGCUACGUUCUUCUUAUCCUAGAAAUAUUCGUUGUUUUUGUUAAAAUAGAAAGUAAGUUAAAAUUUUUAAUUAAAAUGUCCCACUCCUGGAUGGAGACUGAGGACUCCCAGAGAAGAAUGUCCCUGGAGUCCGAUGAUGUAAGUCCCUGCCUCCAGAAGUAUAUCUAUUAUGGAGUUUUCGAUGUAACAACAAUAUCAGCCUCCGCUAAAGUAGACAACAUGCUCUUCAUCCUUGCCAUUCUACUGGGAGUCAUUCUUAGUUUACUCCUGGUAUCUAAUAUCUACACUAUCGGACAGGUUCUAAACUCUUUAAUCUUCUCCCAGCGAACCCAUCUUCAGAGAGCUGUAGCUAAACAUGAUCUUAUUCAAUCAGAAGGGUACCUGCAGGCAGUAAGGAAGGAAGUACAUUUGCUCCAGCAGAUGGUGAAAGCACUGGAUGCCUACUCUGGGCAGCAGUCCAGGCUUAUUGUGAUAGUUGAUGGGUUGGAUAGUGUUGAACAGAGGAAGAUAUUAUCCGUCCUGGAUACAGUUCAUAGUCUCUUUUCUGAACCUGGUCUACCCUUUAUCAUCAUUCUAGCCAUAGAUCCUCAUGUUAUUAUUAAGGCAAUAGAGUUAAACUUAAACCAGGUUUUCUCAGACACAUCCAUCGGGGGUAAUGCAUAUCUUAGGAAUAUGGUUCAUUUACCAUUCUUCCUCCAGAACUCAGGUUUAAGGAAAGUAAAGAAAGCGCAGCAGUUGGCAGCCAAACAGAAGAGUUCCUGCCUCCAGAAGUCCCUGCCUCCAGAAGUCCCUGCCUCUAGAAGUAUAUCUAAGCUAAGACGAACCAAGAAGAAAAGUUAUUGUGAGAGUGUUGAGAACAGUGUUGCCAGCAAUUUGAACAGAAUAUCACAAGGACAUGGUCCUGUAGAAGUGAACAAGAUGUUCUUGACAGAUGAUUACUUCUCUGACGUGAACCCUAGAAGUAUGAGAAGAUUAAUGAAUGUGAUUUAUGUCAUGGGUCGUCUUCUUAAAGCGUUCAGUAUUGAGUUUAGCUGGCAUCAUUUAUCCAGUUGGGCAAAUAUUACGGAGCAAUGGCCCUACAGAGCUAGCUGGAUAACCCUCUAUGUUGAAACCUGUGAGGACAAGUUAGAUGACUCUGUAUCUCUAAAGCAUGUUUAUGAUAAGGUGCGCCCUGUGAUCCCGACCCAGAAGGAGGUUGAACCCCUCCUGGAGAUGGACAGGGACGAGAAAAAGCUGGAUGCCUUCCUCUCCUUUCACAGGAAGACGUUGACAGUGGCAAACCUGAAGAUUUUCCUGCCCUUCACCAUCAACCUUGACCCGUUCAUCAAGAAGGUGAUCAAGGACGAGGUUCAGAACCUUGAAGAGCUCGGUCUCAACAUCCUCUCCUCCCCCCAGAGUGCUCCAACCUCCCAGCAUCCUCUAAACCCUAAACUAACAUCGAAUACCCCGUUAACAAGACGGCAGGUUGUCGGACUAUCUAAGAAGAUGAACCCUCAGGACACACUCAACUAUCCAUCCAACCGUGUCCCACAGUUUGGAGGAAUGAAUCCUAUGAACCCGCCCUACCCUUGGCAACAAUAUCAACCCUAUCCAACACAGCAGUACUAUCCCUACAUGCAACCCAGACCUGUAAACCUGCCUAGUAUAGUUCUUCCACACGAACUUCAGGGUCUUCUGCUCUCUAACAUGUCUGUAGAACAAGUAUGUACUCUUCUCAAGACUAUUGAGUACAUCAAUCCCUCAAUGUUGGAGACCUACUGUGGAACUAUUGUAUAUAACAAUAUCAACGGAAGAGUUCUCAUGAACUGCGAGGUUGAUGAACUGAAAAAUGUGAUAAACAUGAACUUUGGUGACUGGGAACUCUUUAAGAUCACGCUGACCUCUCUGCGCGAGGAUGAGAUGAACGGAGGUCCGAGGCCGAGCAGCCCUGGUCUCGACUUGACCCAGCGCCUUCCAGAGGAUAAGCUGGAGGAUAGGUUAAGCAGGAUGGACUCUGGUAUAAGACGGAAGCAGACUGCUAUGGAACGACAGGUUGCCCUGGAGCAAGCAACUGUCUCCGGUCUUCUCUCUACACUCAACGAGGACGCUCAGGAGGAUAUUCUCCUGGAGGAGAUAAACCAGGCUAGAGAGGAGGCUGGAAACACAUUCUCCGAUCGAACCUCCGAGGCUGACGAGGCUGAUGUCCUGUACUACAGUAAUCCGUCCCGACGAGCUUCCAUACAGAUAAAUCUUGAUACUCUCUCAGAUCCAGGAAUGCAAAUGCAUGAUUUAGAGAAGGCUGGUCCGAUGAGGAGUAGAAGGAAUACAGAGAGAGAAAUAGUUUGGAGUGCUGUGUCAAGUAGGAGGGGGAGUAUAGUAGAUCUUGAUACAUUCGGAGCUUCGGGUAGAGAUACAGGUACAGGUAUAUGA